UAUGGGAGACAGCGACGCUCAGCAGGUAAGCUUGGUUUCCUACUUGUUGUCAUCUUUGGUACCCAUCAUUCACUGCCGAAACUCUUUGAGGGGCCUCUGAAUGGUCCUUUUUUGUUGCUUAGGACUCAGUCAUCUAAAAUGAUUUAAAUGAUGUCUCUGUCUAAAAUAUUUUGUCUCUCUUUGUACAUGUAAAUUUAGUUUCAUGACAUAUAACUUUGUCUGCAGUUGAGAUAAGAAUAUUUUAAAAAUCUGAUGAUUCAACACGUGGGACCCAUAAGACCUCUGGACUUAACAGCAUUGUUUCCGCCCACUGAGGAAAUUCUGACGACAGAUCAAAAACGUGGAGAAGGAAUUUGAGCGGAAGGAAAACGAGAAAGUUUAUAAAUAGCAGAGCUUUACAAGGGUGAAGAGAGCAGAUGUGAUAGACAGUCGGUGCUUAAGGAGUUCAAACAACAGAUUAAUACACUCAGAUUAUCGUCCAAGAGGAGGGGAGGAUGGGUUGAGGGGGACGUGCGUUUGACAUGUGUGGACCCAUACACGGAUGCAGACAGAAUCAUAAACACAAAUUCAAGUGUUUUCUGUCACUCACACUCCAUGUUUACUCAAUUGUAAACACAGAAAGCCAUCCCCUUUAAGUUUCCUGCUGGAUGUUCCCAAUUCUUCCUUGCAAGAUAUCUAAAAAAAAAAAAAGGUAAAAUUUGUCAAUUAAUUGUUUAAAUCGUUUAAUUUUAUACCAGCAAUUGAAAACUAGUCCAGUAUAUAAACAAGUCUUAAGCUGUGGUGCCAACAAGUGCAAAAUAAAACAAUCUGAUCAUCAAAACCUUCCACAUCUAUAAAGCUGAUUCAAACAUUUAGAUCAACUGAUUUCAACUUUUUACACGGACAAUUGUUUGGCAUUUUGGAGUAAGUGUACCCCAUGUACAGAGACUAAGCAUUCUAACCUGUGACCCCUUUCCAACAUGCAACUUCCCACUGUCUCUUCGGGUGUUCUGCUGGAUCCACCAUCCUACCCUUCUGAAAAAAAGGUACCAAAGAAAACCCUCAAAAGACUCACUAUUUAUACAUUAUGUGAAUUUUCAUCUACUCUGGCCCUUAAACCUGCUAAAAACAUUUGAACAAGAUCUAUUUGAAGUCUAUCAGGACAGAGCCAGAUGUAUCAAUAACUAUGAAAUUCAGUUUAUGGCUGACCUAUAAUCAUACAGCUGCAGCAGACAAUUAGAUCUUGGAUGUACAGAAAAAUUGGUUUAGGAGCAUAUUGGGUUUUUUUUGUUUUGUUUAUUUGUUUGUUUUGAUUAGUUUUUUGGGGGGGCUGAGUUAGUCAAUACUCUCUGAUGGAGCACAUAAUUUUUCACAGUUUGACAUUUCCCAUCAACACCUAUUUUGUAAUAUUGCCAAUUUAAAGCAGUAGCCCAAAUCAAUCAUAAAACAGGCUCAGUUACUACCUAGUUAACUAACUCAGCGAAUGAUGACUGCAGAGAAAUGUAUCAGUGGGUACUUAUGGCAUUUGCAGGGUCAUCACUUACUGCUGGAAGUUGUAUGCAAAAGAUAUAUAUCAUUAAAUUGGAAUAAUAAUCUUUAAAAAGCAUAUAACUGCAAUAGAGAAACUACACAAACUUUGUGGUAGUGUCCUGCAGACUAUUUCCUCGUUUUAGUCUUAACUAAGUACCUUGUGAGUUGUUUGAAUGUGCCAAGUAAGGACAGACAUUGUGUUUGUUUGCUUUCAUCCACAAAUGGAUCAAAUAGAUGGAUCUACAUGUGAUUGAUACUGACCUUCAGUGAGAGGGUUAAUACACUUAGGUUAUCACUGCAGAGAUCUGUUAAAGCCAAGUAGCGGACACGUGUUUGAUGACAGUUGCACAUAUGUUGAAGGAAUUAGGUACCACUCUGCUUUGAACUGCAUGGUUAACAAGUGGUGUGUAUGCAUUUGUGUGUGAGUAUUUGUGUGCGUGCGUGUGUAUGUACUUUUGGUAAAAUUAGCAUUAAUAUAAUUUCUUACGAGCAGACACAUUCACACUGUUUGUGAUCACUGUAAUCCACAAUAAAUGCAGGCAGCAGCUGUUCCACUUUGAGAGACUGAAGUAUGUUAGUCUGAUAUAGACACAGUGAUUUGGUUAUAUAAAAUGUUUGGUAUUUCAGAAUGGGAUUCCGUAAUGUCUUUGUGUUGUUGUGCAGUUUAAUAAUUCAGGACUCUGACUUGGUAGAGUGGAGUGCAAAGACUUAAAAGUACAAUAGUCCACCAUGGCAUAAAUCUGCUUUUUCAUCCCUGAUAUCUCCACAUGCAAGUCAGAUCUGCAAUUAUUGUCAUUCAUAAGUUGGGUCCAGAUCCACUCCAAAAAUUCAUGGGUUCAUCUUUGGGCCAUCCUACAGUCUUUCUCCAAAAUUUAUGAGAAUAAAGCCUGCAGUUUUUUUUUGGUUUUUUUUUUCGUAAUCCUGCUGACAAACAGAUGAAAAGACAGCAUCAAAAAACACAAACCCUUGUACAGAGUUAAUAAAGGUUUAGGGACAUUUCCAAAUGUUAUAAGCUUAAUAGUUGGGUCUGUCUUUGAAAAGAAAGUGUUAGUCUUAAAAUAGAAGAGGAAAAAGACUCAAAACUAAUCUGUGUAAAUAAAUGCUUUUAUAACCUGUUUAUUAGGUGAAGAUAAGAGAAGCACUCACCCACAUUCCUCUACAAAUUCAUGUAUAUUGUAUGUGUGUUAUUUACCAGGUUCACAGUGUAUUGUAGGACAACAUUGUUGCACUGCAGGGACCAUCCUCAUUUGCCUCCAUAGUACUAGGGGGAGUAUGGAGGGGCGGAGUGGGGAUUAUAUCUCGAUCCCUUUGCAAAGCUCACACCAAACAAUCAACCAUUGGAUAUAAUCCUCUGAGACACACAGACAUCCGCACACAGUUACAAACACACACACUCACUCACUCACACACAGAUGCCCCUUAAAAAACACAUUUCAAUAGGCUCAUUAAAUACAAACUCAGGGGUGUCAAAUUUUUGUGUAAAUUUGAACGUUUUUGAUAACCACAACAGUUAAACUGUGUUCAGUUGAGCCUUUUAAACCAUAAUGGUCAUAUUUACAGUAAUCUAUCAAAAAAAAAAAAACUUUCAGAAAAAAUAAAAAUUAUUGUUGUAUAAUAAAAGAAUAAAUUUCCUUUUGUGAAGUAAUUAUUCAUUAAAUACAUUUAGUAAUAUCAGAUAUGUGCAAUCAUUUCAUGGUAUUGCAAACCAAGAAAAUUCAACCAUUUGAUUCUGUAGUCGUAAUCAGCACAAACUAAUCUUAAUGAAUUCAGUUAAACUCAGUCCAAACUAAGUAAUCAAAGAGAAUGUUGUUCAUUGUACCUUAAUUGACUCAAAUUUAACUCCGUUCACUCAAGUCAAUCCAAUUCACUUAGUUCAACUCAUCUUACAUUCAUGCAAUGUUAUUUUUCAAUCCAAAUGUUUUAGUUUAUUUCAGUUUAAUUUCAUUUAGUUUAACUCUUUUGUUGUUAUAAUUUUAUUUAGUUUUAUUCCACUCCUUUCACUUCAACUCCAUCUAAAUAAGCUCACUAAAUUUGAUUUAUGUAGUUUCACUUUAAUUAGAGUGAAUUUCACUAAUCUCAGAAAAAAACAACAUUUAGGUCUAAGUAGCUUGUUGCCGAAAGGGACAAAACAGCAAAGUCCAUCCAUAUUCUGCACACAUGCUUUGUGUUAUAAAGACAGCAUGUUACCUUACAUGUGGUAAAGUGAAAGCAGAGAAUGGCUGCCUUUUACUUUGUUUUCAUCUUGAUAAUACUUUAAACCAUUGAUAAAUCAAUUACCUGACAUAUCAAUCAAACAUUUCUCAUAUCAGUUAAAUAAGUAUAGUCAUUAUUUAACACUGUCAUUUUUUGAUGUUUAUUCCUAGCAGAGCACUUGAAAUGUAGUGUUUUAUUCAAGUUGAGAUCUGAAGCAGGCAGAUGGAUUAGAGAGGGAGGAAAUAUUACUGUAUGUAUGGCCAACGUGCAUCUGUUUGAUCUCUUGGGCUUACCUCAGGGAUUGGCUGGAGACCUGGUUGGAUCAUUAAUGUGCAUUGCUAUAAAUAAAGUCAGUCUGUACUAAGAGGGCUAUAACAGCCAGCCUGAAUCUAAUUCUGAGGUAGUUUGGUGUGUCCUGCUCUGAUGGCAUGUGCACCUUUUGUUUGCAUCAGCUUGGGAUAAUUUACAGCAAUCACAGCCUGUUCGUCUGGAAGAUUACCUCAUUCUGUUAUCGUGGCCUGUCGUCCUGGAAACCAUGACGAUUAAGAUGUGUCGUAAGUACAUGGCUGAAUGUGGACACUGAUUGUGAUGUUUAUCACGCACUGCAAAGGUCAUCAUCACACAUUUGAUGGACUGGAAGGGUAUUAGACCAAGGACACUGAUGUUGGUCCAGUCACCAUAACUUUGAAACUGUGGUCCCUUAAGGCGGGAUGAGACUUUCUGACUCGCAACUUAAUGUGGCCUUUCAGGGCUUGCAAACAUCAUCAACAUCAAUCCAUACCAGCAGGAGUUGUGUCAUUUCUUCUUUACUCCUAGCUUGACUCACUUUGAAGUUGCUCUGCCUCAUCCUUGUGUUUCAGCUUUUAUCUCUAACAUGUGUGCUCUCUCAAAGACUUUGCUCCUUUUCAAAGGCAAAUGCCUCUUGGUCCACAGCCUACCUGGCAGAGUUAUAAUGCCUGUGUCAUGUUGCUUCAAAAUCCAGGAUUUACUGAAAGCUGCCCAACCAAACAGUCUAAACCUGCUGUCUUGACUUGCUGUGUUUUAUUAGGGAUGCUAAGCUAUAACAUGAUGUAACAGGCAUGUGUAUGCCAGUCAGCCCUCUCCUUGCUUGCACUUGGAUAUUCUGACUGGCAUCUGUUUCUUGUGUACCUAUAAACUGAACUUUGGUAAGUACUUUUCAGGCAAGGCAUAAAAAUACUAGGGAGUCAAUUUCAGCCCCACAAAGAUGUUAAUAUUCUCAGUUUUCCUCAAUUUGACAGGGCCACGGGACAUCCCAGUGAAAGCCUGUUCCUAGAGGCAGCUCCUCUAUAUCCUGGAGCAGAAAGAUAAUCCGUCUGUUGCAGAAGGAGGGACAGAUUUGCAGAGCAGCUUCAGAUCCUUGAGUAUGCCCUUGCAGCUUAAACUCCUCAGUGCCGCCCUCUUCAUAGCACAUGCUGUCGCUUCAUUAUGUCAGGGACUCCAUCUGACCUGUCCAGGAAACAAAGGUUUAACUUCACAGCUGGAAACGUUAACCAGAGUACUCAUUUUUAACUCUAAUGCACAUAAUGAGGGCUUAGAUUUUCUUGUAUAUGUGAAUAAUGAAUUAUUGUGACCCGCAAGAUGACAAAAAGUGUUAUAAUCACUCAGCCACCAUUGUUGCACAAGUCCACUAAACAUUAUUUUAAUUGUAAAAGUCAAGGAGGAAUUUGAGUUUUGUAGCAUGACCUCUACCACCAACUUUUUUGUCACCUUCCUGCUCCUAUAGCUAAGUACCAAACAUAGCUGCAGGUUUUCUCCAGGAGUUUUCUGUAUGAGGUUUGCCAAUAAUGACUUAAAAUUAUGGUUGAACAAGCACAUAAGUAGACUGGGAUCAAAUUAAAAUAGAUUAACUUUGCUGUCAACCCAAACGGAUGACUCUUGGGCAUGGCGACUUCAUGGCAUGCCCACAUGCCCCACUGGGACAAGCAAAUUUGUUGGGUCCCCAAAUUUUACACUGCAUUCCUCUGAGUUCCCAACAAUGCAACCAGCAAGUGUGGGGUUGAUGUAAUGAAUUUCUGUCUAUAAAGAUGGAAAAAAGGGAUAUGUCUACAGAAACCUCCUCUAGAGUUAAAUGUCAUUGCAUAAUUAGCUUCAUACCCACAUGUCUCCCUCAAACCACAUAAACCAGCUUUUGUCCAAACUUCAUGAUCUAUCUGACUCAUAUUGCAAGCAAUUGUCUAACCACCUUUAAAAGAAAGUAUUUAACAUGGAGUUAACAUUUCAAUGUGGCAUUGCCCACCAGUUUACAGUUCAACACAGAAAGACUAGAGGAUGAUUUAUACUCUCCCCACUCUUUGACUGACUGCUGAGGCAUAUGUGGUCAACUGACAUUACCAAACAAUGUCCAUGCUAAGAAUGACAUAAGGAUUGGAAAGAGGAUUUGUGAAGACUACUAGCUGUUGAACAACCUCCCCCUCCUCUCCCGGGUGCUCCGUUCACAGAGGAUUAAUUCUUUGCAAUUGAAACUUAGCAGGACAUUCUCCGCCCCCCAAAUAUACAAUUUCAGACCACACUGGCAAACUGCCUUUGUGCCUGUACUGGCAACUGUUGUUGAGACUGGAGAGAGAUAGAGAUGUGACAAGAUAAAGUGGAGGAUGAGAGAACAGAGGUGAAAGCGUGAGAGCAGACAAACCAGGUAACAUUUUUGUGCUCCACCUUGCAAACUGUAUUUUGGUUUAUGUGUGAAAGUCUGUCCCUGCUGCAGCCCAGCUGAUGGAUGAUAAUCAGUCUGAUUGCAGUGGUCUCAGACUGUGUUUAAAAGUGACAUUGAUACUUGCAGAUCUUUGGCAUGGUAACGCUUCUCUCCAGAUGUGUUUACAUAGGAUUAAUGUUUAGACAUGAUGGUGAUAAGGUCUGUUCAAUUUUCUCUGUUGAAAUGCAGUGUGGUAUGUGAUAUUGGACAGUGGACACAUUCUUAGACGUUGAUGCUUUCCUCUUAUUGAAGGUGAUGGAUUUCCAUGGAAGAAAAAUGUCAUUGCUUUCAUAACAAUUCUGUGUUGACACAGAGAAACCCAAAUAUACUUUGAAUGACAAUUUUUAACACCUGACAGCUGUUUAUUGAAAACAUUUUUUUUUCCAACUCAGAAACAUGUGAAAUGUCUUUGGGUGAUGUCUAAUGGUUGAAUGCCUUCAUAGUGAUGUGAGUUUAAAGUUUUCCAUCUUGUUCUGCAUUUAGCCUAUCCUUUUAGAUAAAUUAUGUUUCUGAAAUGUGUUUGGUCAGACAUUAUACAAGAAUCUCAUCAAUGCUAGAUUAACCCUCUUAACCUUGCUAGUAAUGUCAGUGAGUGUGUGCACCGCUGAAGUCAAGAUCAAAAUUUCUAAACAUGUAUUGGACAAUUAGAUGUGACAUUAAAUACAAAUAUUAUCAAUCCUGAGAGGAUGAAACCUCAAGAUAUUGGUGGUCAUUUGAAUUUUAAUCUUUUGUCGUCUUGAUGCAAAACAUUGAGUGCUUGGCAGGGGACCAAAACAACCAAAACUGUCAGAAAUGUAUGCUUCCAAUGUAGUGUAGUGUGGCAACACUGUGCAAUUGAAACUUGUAGUUUUGAAUAAAACGUCUUAUCACCGUCUGGAUGAAAACAUUUGGUACACACAUUGUUUGCUUUCAAGUAAGAAAAUGUGAUACCUUUGGUUGCUCUUGAAAGACCUUGAUCAGGGCCAUCAUCAGAUUCUUCCAUCUUCAUUACAUUAGAAAUACAAAGGCACUCCCAUUAUUCUUAGUUGUACUUUCAGUUUUUCAGUUUAUCCCUAAUUGACCAAUGUUAGCAUCCAAAUACUGUCACCAUUCCAUCAACCUCCACGGAUAAUGGCUGCUCACUGGUGAAUGUGCUUCUGCUCGCGGUUUCUUUCUGUGGUUGCCAAGGGCUUGCUUAUUGAUGGAUUCAUGUGUGGCCUCUGUAAACAAUAUUACAGGUAAUGGCAUUUAUCCACAUAAAAAAUAAUUAAUUGGUUAAAUAUGCAAAACUUAAGUUUGUUAACAUUUCUGCUCUGGCUGUUAAAUAUCAGCUGAUAGCAUUUCCACCAGGAGCAUGUUUUCAUUCAUGGUGUUUCACCUUUAGCCUACAGCACUGCUGUCUUCAAGUCAAGCUUGACAUGGCUGCUCAUGUGGCUGUAGACCUAGGAUGUGUCUCAUUUCAGAGACGGCAUCAGGCUAGCCUGAGCUCACUGCCGUUAUGUGGACUUAAGUACCCUGAGUGAGAUGGUCCGAUUUUUGUGAAAUGGGACACACUACCCUUCGGAGGACUUCCUGGUUGAGUCGCCAAAUGUCCUCACCCUCAGGCUCACGUCACGACUGACUUGAAGAAAAGCCGUGGAGCACAGCAUUUAUUUUUUGAUUGUGCGACCUUGCACAGACACAAAACAAUAGAUACAUACAAGCACAGAUCAUUCCCACAAAAUUCAUCCAAUGAUUGCAUGUUUCGUAUGAAGGAGUAUGAGGGUCAUAUUGAGAAUUUUUUUAAAGACUUUGAGAUUAAAGUCGUGAAUUUACGAGAAUAAAGUCAUUAAUUUAUGAGAAUAAAGUUGUAAGGUUACCUGUUAUUUCAGAGGAGAGUUGUUAAAAUUAGGGCCAUGAAGCAUUUGAAGAAACUGCUUCAGUAUAGGUUUCACAAAUAAGGAGAUACUUGAUCCUUUGGCACAUCAGCAUUACAUUGUCACAAGUAUAAAGACUUAAAAAAGAAUAUAUGAGAAAUACGUCUUUUCCACGGAAAACAAACUGGUGGACUCGGAGAAAAUCGCUGCGUUUGUGGAGGCAGAUAUGGAUAUGCUGAGGAUAUAUCUGUCAAUGCAGCCGUAAAUAUCCGUGAAUGACAUUGAGCUUUAGUUUAUGAUGUGAAUUCAUAUGCCAUAAUAAGGUGUUGGUGUCUCUGCAGGUGUAGGUUACCGCCGGUGUCAGAGACGUGGUGCUCGUCGGAGCUCGACUCCUCUUGGAUCUCUAAUGUUGAUCAUCAGUUGGAUUGUUUCCUCAGAAACCACAAAAACUCUCUGAAUGACCCGCUGAUACAUCCACGAUAACCCUACAGAUGACUAGUUACAGCCAUUUCCCCUCCACAAAAGCAGCUUUAUGACUUUAUUUACUUUAUGACUUUAUUCUCCUAAGUUUACAACUUUAAUCUCUAAAUCUUAAAAAAAACUCAAUGUGUCAAUGAUACUCGGCUGUAGUUUUGUCAGCUUUCUUACUUCAAAUGGUUUUGAUUGUGGUAGCAGAGCGGAUCAGUUCGUCUCUAAAUCUAUAAUGUUUGGUUUGCAGAUUUUAGUGAGUUAAGAGAUCAUGCUCUCGUGCAGCCUGAGCUGACUGUCUGCUGUUUUUGGAUUUCUUGUAUUUUCUUUGAAGACGCGGUGCGUCUCCAAGUGAGUCCGGCCUCCCACCCGAAAUGCACAGCUGUGCAGCGGCACGCAAAGAGUUCUGGGAUACCAAGGCCACGGAAGCGUGCAUAAAUGCACGCUUGAAAAAGGGGCGGGGGUAGUGUGGUUUUGAGACCGAAUUUGAAGCGUGCUCAGCAUUUCAAGCCAAAUGGGACACCAUUCGCGCCACGUGAUGACAUCACGCACACUUCAAAUGCGCCGUUCGACGGUGCAGUCUCUGAAAUGAGACACAGCCCUAGUGAUGUUCAUCUCAGUGUCCUCCAGUAUGGGUUUAAGCAACAGUUCACUUCCCUGUCCAUCUCAGGUCAGGGGUUAUAUCUUUUGGCUCCUAGCAGACCCAAAAGUGCAAUUAUCAGCCAAAUCUAUCACUUAACCAGCAGUUCCAUUCAAUGUUUUUUGAGAUUCCGGUUGUGUCUGUUUUUCUAUUUAGUGGGUGAUUAUAGAUAACAUCGCUAGAGAUGUUUCUUCAUGUCUUGUUUGGCUAUCACUUGCUUCGUUUGGAUUACCUGCAGUGUGAAGUCCAACUAGCCUCAGGAGAAUUUUUUUGUGAAGAAAGUCUCAUCAAGAUCCAAGAAUGCCUCUGAACAAUAGAUACUAUUCUGGCCAGGGAAUACAAUAUGAUUUAAGUAUGUUCCCUGCCAGCAGCAAACUCAUCUCUCCAACUGUCUUAACAGGCAGGAUGACAAACCGGUCCACACCUAACCAGUCCAACACAAACAAGGUAAAGGAGAAAGAAGAAAGCCAGCGAGAUGACAACACAGAUGUGGCGUAUAAAGAUGCUGGCCACUGCAGCCGGAACACCCACAGCCUGCUGCUGGGACUCACUGUUUUGGGUAUGAAGGACUUGUAAACACAGGCUCCAGAUGCUUCUUUUAUUCUGUGCUUAACUGCAACCUAUUGUCACUGAGUAGUAGAAGCUGGAAAAUAGGACAAAGUAGAGAGAAUUCCCCCAAGACACAGUAAAACAAACAAGCUUGGCUUAAGUUUUAGAGUUCACAUAAUUCUGCAUACCAGAAAACAACACUUCUGUCACAGAAUGGAAAACAAUUCAUCCAGGGGUCGGUUUCAUUGUGCAAGAGAAAAAGCCAUUUGAGUUUCAGAAAAUAUCAAGCUUAACACUUGAUGUAAAGAGCCCACAGUUCUUUCCCAUGCGAGGAGAUUGGCUUGCUGUUUUUGUAAGUUUGACUCUGUAAACACUUUGGUAUGUUUCUGCACAACUCCAUUUUUUUGUCAAAAAAAAAAAAAAAAAAAACCCUUUUGCGAAACUGAGAAGUGGCUUAUUUUUGCCUGACAUUUGUCAUCCAGUUUUAAGCCCAGAUGUAACUGUAUUAACAUAACAGGCAGUGCUUAUUUGUUCCAAGUCUCUGACAUGUCAGAUGUGAAUUAAGUUUUUGGAGGGCAAAAAGACCAAGGUUUUUUUUUCUUUUUCUGUGAAAAUAACAGAGGAUACAAAGUGUUGGAUACUUUGGAUUUUCAACGUCUUAAAAGCCCAUGAUAUUCACCCUAUAGUGGGACCAUAGAGCUCCCUACUAGAGCAAAACUAAUUUGGCUUUCUGUUUGACUAUGAGACUUUUUAAUGGUUAAGAAAAUCAUUUUGGUGUGAAUAUGCAAAAUGAUUUUGGUAAAAUACAUAUAUCUAAGUGUCUUUAGAAAACACACAAGCUUUAACACCAUCUCUCAUCUUCAGGUGUUGUCAUGGGCGUCAUGUUUGGAAUGCUGCUGCGGUACAUGAGGGUGACAGACAACAGCGCCCUCACUAUGGUCUCCUUCCCAGGAGACAUUCUCAUGAGGAUGCUGAAGAUGCUCAUCCUGCCUCUAAUCAUCUCCAGCCUCAUCACAGGUGUGCUGCCACUCAAACAUAUACAAACAUCUGUUCACUUAAAAUCCAAAGUAACCCACAGUCAUUCUAUUCUUGUAUUUAUGAUGGAAAUGAAGCAAAAAGAAACAGUGUACUGUUGAUAUGUUAGUUGGUAGCUUGGUAUUUAGCUUAUUAAGCUGUUUGGUUUGUAAUGAAACACCUCUAAAAUGCCCAUGCUCAAGGGUAAAAGGUAAAGACGAAAUUGAUUAUUUACCAUUUACUCAAGAGAAGAUUCAGCAAGACUGAACUGCUGCUGCAAAAAGCAACAUAAAUUGUGUAUCAUCUGCUUGCACUGUCUGUUCUGUUUUAGGUCUUAUUCACAAAGAAUACAGCCCGUAUUAUAUUCAAGCAAAAAUACCCACACAGCUCUGUGUAGUUUCCUCCAGUUUUACACUUUAUUGUGACUGAGAGGAGCCGUAGAUAGGCAGAGCUGCACUGUGCACUCUCAUCCUGACAGCUUUAACUUACACAUAGAUGUAAAAAGAGCUGAAUGGAGAGGGAAAGUCCUCACCUGUGUGUUGUGAAGAUGAUUCAUGACGUGUGUAACAAAUUUCACAGUUUAUGGCUUAUUUCCUGGAGCUAGAUAGCAGAAAGUAGCCCAAUCAAAUGAAAACAAUCCACUCCAUUAUGUAAAGUAGCACCACUUGUAUGCGUGGGGAUGGAACCCCUGGGAUAAAGGUGGGGUAGGCAGGAUCUGAGAAAGUGCCAGUUUUUGGGAGAAGUCUUGAAUGUAAACUCUACCCCUCCCAACCAGUUUUCCCUCAGCUCCUCCUCUCCCCUCCCUCUCUGCUCCAGCAUGCCCCGCCCACAAACAGACGCCCCUGCUCGCUCGUUUCAUUCCAAUUAAAUUCAGAUAUAAUGCAGAUAAAUACUUAAGACAGUUACAAAUGGGGCCCAGUCAACGUGAAAGUAAAAAGCAUUGGUGCUUAACAGACUACCAGAAAACACAAUGUUUGCAGGACUUAAAAUGACAUAUUACAGGACCGAGGUAAACAGUUUAGCGGUGCUACAAAAUGCAGCAGGUCCCGUUUGACAAGAAGAUCCACUUCUGUUACAGACACUUGGCUUACUUUGUUAAAGCGGUUUACCUGUCCAGCAGACAGGUUACAGGGUCCGAAAGAUCCCAAAGCGUCGCCCAUCGUUUUUGCUUCAUUUAUGUUGACCCAGCUUUUUAGCUCUUGUCCAGUCUACCUCCUUUUUAAGCGCCUGUUAUUCCACUAGAAUCUCCGGUAUUUACAUGUUUUCUUGCUUGUGUCGGCAGUCAUGGCCAAAGGAGGAUUUAGACAAUUUUUCGUACUUUCUGGGUGGUUUCUACUGUCCAAUGUUGUGGCACGCUAACUUUGUUUGGGCUCAUGUUUUGAGCGUGCCUCAAAACACAAGGGAGCAGCGUCCGCCUCACAACCAAUCAGGUCAGGCAGGAGGAGACUGGCUUUGUUUACAGACAGAGAGAGCAGGUCGCUCAAAAAUUUUAAAAUGUUGACUACACAGACAAAACAAAACACAGCGAUAUUGUUAUAUUACCAAGUGUCAUCAAUAACUAAUAGCUAUUCACUAAUAUUAAAAGCUUUUUUGUUUUUACACCACAAAAAAGAUGCGUCUUUAACAGAUUCCUACCUACCCCAAUUUUAAGGUUAUUAAUACUAUUAAGUUAAUGACAGAUUUUAUGUAUGCAUAUAUCAAUAAUUGGUCAUCCAAAGGUAGAAUUGAUGUCUUGGUUAGUAAAAAACUUGAACAAAACAGUGCUAGUACUCAUGCGCUAUCUGACUACAUAUGGCCUGUGUUUGUACAUGCGUUACGGCUCAUUUAAAUGUGCAAAACACUGACUGACAGAGGAACUGUUUACCCUACAGGACAGGCAGUGGAGUGUUGAACCCAUUGUGCUGGAUUUGUGGAUUAGACAAUAUUUUGAGGCUGAUCGCACAGCCUCAGAAUUUAACCGUGCCAAUGUACAUGAUUUUCUGUUAAAAUGAAGAACUGAAGAAUGUUACUGCACAGAAGUUUCACAUUUACUCAUUUUAAGAGGAGUAUUAGUAUUGCUAGCUCCGUGGCUCAGAGCACUCUGGCUAAAAGUCAGCCACCAGUACACUGACAUUUUUUUUAUACUGAUCACCUGCAGCUUAGAUUUGUGUGCUAAACAUUCACAUGUUGAAAUGGUUUGUUCCCUCCAGGACUGGCAGGUCUGGAUGCUCGCUCCAGUGGCAGGAUGGGUAGUAGAGCUAUGGUAUAUUACAUGUCCACCACCAUAAUAGCAGCCAUCCUUGGGGUCAUCCUGGUUUUGGGGAUUCACCCAGGGAACCCUAAACUGAAGGCAAGGCAAGGGAAUGCAGCCCCAAAGAGCCAAGAGGUCAGCAGUCUGGACGCUUUCCUGGACCUGCUCAGAAACCUCUUCCCUGAGAACCUGGUGCAGGCCUGCUUCCAACAGGUAGCCCUGGCAUCCUAGUCAUACCUCUAUGUAUUUCUAUCUUUUGUCUUCUUGAGUCUUCAUAAAUGCAUACUUUCAGGUUAUGAGCGCCGAAAAAGGAGAUGUUGCAUGGAUGGAAUAAAGGUGCUUAAAAGCUCAACCCUUCAACCAUCAGCUUACAUCUUAUAUACAAGCACAUUAUGGUUAAGGAAAAUAAAAUGUCUGUGUCCAUGCUUUAAGUGCAAAACAAGUUUUGACCCGCUGUUCUUAAGCUCCAUGACAGCUGCUAAAUCAACCUUGAGGUGGCAUUGGUUUGUCAACAGCUACUAUAACAGAUUGUAACACAGGUAAUGUUACUCAUCUGUUCAAAGUGUUAGCUGUGGAGUUUGACAGAAUGAAAGAGCAAAGGGAAAUCGCUAACAAGGGAUGUGAUCUCUAGAGACUUCAGUCGUCCUCCAGACUCCAUACUCAAUCUUUCCGGCAGGUGUCACUUGAGAGGAUUUUGACUCAAAAGGGUUUGGCCACAAAAGACCAAAAGGCCAAGGCUCUUUUCUGUUGAAAAGAGUUUCCUAUAAAGUGUCACUGCCAAGACAUGGGUGAGGUUUGAAAUUAUACCAAUACACACAAAGACAAGCACAACUCUCAGAAUUCCAGAGAAAGUAAACAAAAAAAUAAUACAGGCUAACAAGAGCAAUUUCAUACUCUUUGACCUGAGGAAACUACAGCCAAACUACAAGUUGAUUUCGAGAAAUUAACCAUUUACUUUUCUCAUAUUUUUUCAGGCAUAACCUAAAUGCUAACAGAUGAUAGCAUCUCAAAACAAAACUUGUUUUGCAUUCUGUGUUUUGACAUUGCAAUUUCAGUACUUUGUUUUACACUGUUGAUUACACAAGAAAGGCAAGAUGGGAUCUUACAUGACAUUUUUUCAGAUUUUUUGAGCCCUUUUUUACACCAAAUGAAUGUUUAUGGUAAUGGAUGAUUUUGUGUAUAAUAAAUAAAAAAUCAUUAUUGGCUAGAACUAGGGCUGUCAGCAUUAAUGUAUUCAUCUCGAUGCAUUUGAGGCCUGAAAUUAUGUUCCUAAAUCUCACACAUUUUGUUUUCUUCAACAUGUUUUUGUGAAACCACCAGAGCGUCUCACUACUUCCUGCCUCAACCCUUAUGAAAUAGAACAACACCACUGCACUUUCAAUGGUACUUUUCAUUCAAAAGGUUCCCAGAUGGCUCAGCUACAAAGUCAAAAGUAAUAUGCACUUUGUGACAAACACGAUAAGAAUAUCACCCAGGCACCCAAGCGAGUUUGGGCUACUACCCAUUAGCAAAACAUACAGGCAUGGUUAAUAAAAAGUAUUACAGAGGACAACUCUCCACAGACCUGUAAAUGAAACUCAAAGAAGUUGACGUUGAAGUAGCAAUUGACUGCAUGCUAGUAAGCACUAUGAAGACUCAGGUCUGUUGGGCUGUGUCCACCAAGGUUUUUGUUUAUGACCUCGGUGUCCAUGUGGCUUUAGCUGUUGCAAGGUACACAAAGUUGUUCUGCAUUUACACUGCUCUUUAUGCUGCAUUUACACUGCUCUUUAAAUCAAGCAAACUUUACAAAGAAAGACCUCUGCCAUCUUUGUUGGCAAAAACCUUAUCACAAGUCCCACCUUCUCUUGAUUCUGAUUGGUCUGUGUGUGAAAAAUGACAUUGAUAAGCACAGCAGUUGUUCCAAAAGGUGAACUAUUUUGAAGAAUGCAUUAACAAAAACCAAGAACAUUUCGGUGGUAAGGAAACUUAGUGCUUCAAAUCCUUGAAUAGAAAAAAUAAGCACUGCCAGCACGAGAACCAGCAUCAGUCAGCAGCACUGCCCCUAAAGGGUACGUUAUCUCUGGUCCUCAUCGACAGCUUCAGAAAUUGUAUUAAACUAAGAAACAAACCAAAGUGAAACUCCUGAAAAGUGCAAAAGUGCAUUUACUAUGAAUCACUGGUUCACGACAGAAUUUGUUAAAAGAUGAGCUGAGGGAUGAAAACAUUGGUUAACAGACUUAUGAAAGGUUACACUGAGGGCACAAGUAGCUACCACUACCCAUAAUCCUUUAAAUCUGCAAGUGCAAACACUAUGUUUUUCUUGGUACACUUAAUAAAAGAACUAUGAGGAGAAAUUCUUGUUACUAGUAUUAGGGCAGUUGCUUAGGAGGUACAGCGGUCAUUCAACAACUGGAAGGUUGGCGGUUCCAUUCCCCCUAUCUCUAGUCUGUCUGAAGUGUCCUCGGGCAAGACACUUCACCUAUUUUGCUCCAAGUGUGUGUCCUCCGCUGGUGUAUGAUUGGUAUGUACGUUGCUUUGGAUAAAAGCAUCUGCUAAACAACAUUGUAAUCUUGUAAUUGUAAAGUAUUGCUUAAGUAUGAGUAUGACCUGCUCUGGCUUACUCUGAAACUCUGUGUGUUUUUCUGUUGGUUGUGUGGGAAACAGAAACCUGGUUGAUAUUUUUGCCAUUCUCUUGCUAAGACCCAUAGAAACAGCUCUGAAAAUGAGUGGAGAUUAUGUUAAUAAUGCUGCAAAUGUCAGAUAUGGGUGAUGAUCUGCAGACAGAUGCUAAUGGUUGAGAGGACUAGCCAGGAGACAGAUACUGUUUAUGCAACCUGGCUACUUAAAAACAAUGAUACAAGUCUGAGUCAUGUUGUUUUCCCCUCUUCUCGCUAUCCUGUGUCCCUGAAUGUCUACUCAUAGUUGUGUGUGUGAGGGUCAGCCCUUCUGCUAGUGCUCAUCUCUUUACAUCUGUAACACUACAUCCUUGUUUACCACAGUAAGACUUCUGCUUACACAUUCAUGCUGGUCUUCCUCUCCCCACAGUACGAUCUUGUUAAGCUCUUUUUUCUUGAUUUCUUUCUUCACAUUACCUUCCUGUCUGUUUUAUUGUCUCCUUUGUUUGUAUUCAUCGGGGAUUCAUUGUAGUCAUAAAAGGUAUAAUUGCUUUUGCAGGAAGGACUUGUCCUUACCCUUUUAACCUCCUUGUUUUACUUUUCUUCUCUUUGUUAAAUUACCCUAGAACCCUUUCUUCUCUGUUUUCCCUUUUUUUAAACAAAACGUUAGUUUAUAGUGCAGUUGCCAGGCUAUUGUUGCGCACACACACUGUGAAUUACAGAGUCAAGGUCUGCCUUUUGAAUUGGAGUCAUGUUAGCUCUGUUAUUGCAUAAAAAGCCUCUUCUGACUUUGAAUAUUGUGUUUUCUUCCCUUUAGGUUCAGACAGUUUUGAAAAGGGAGUCACUUGUAGCACCGAACCAAACUGAACCCAUCAUGGUGAACAGAAAGAGACUGGAAUACAAAUGGGGAAUGAAUGUCCUCGGUAAGUUAUGUGAUUGUCCUUUUUGAUGUUCCUGACUUUCAGUCUGCUGCCUCGCUGCUCUGUAUGAUGAAGUUUCCAGUCACAUGCUGCUUUGUCUCUCUCUUAAGGCCUAAUUGGGUUCUUCAUCACCUUUGGGAUCUGCAUGGGCCGGAUGGGUGAGCGGGGGAAGGUCAUGUGUGACUUCUUCAACAUCCUCAACGAGAUAAUCAUGACCAUGGUUUCCAUGAUCAUGUGGUCAGUGUUUUGUUUUCCCUUGUGAGCAUGUGUGUGUUUCUAUGUUUGCAAACAUGCCCAACAUGUGUCUGUUUUUGCUCAUGUAAGCUAAGACGGCACUGCUUUGACAUUCUGGAGAUACACCAUGCAAGGUCAGUGACAGUGAUGGAUAGGGCGAGGCCUGUGUACAUGAGACAAAUUGUGGGAACAAGCUUGACAUCAGAGACUGGGGGGAGGGAGAAAAAGAGGAAAAGGGAGAAAGUGUGUCAGUGAAGGAUACAAACAGAUGGAAGGUUGGUAGAGAAAGAGAGAGGGUUUCCCUGGCACAUGCUGGAGUCUGUGGUAUGCUUGAGAGGAGCAGGAGUUGAGGCCCAGAACAAUGUCCCAAGGGACGUGAGAUGGAAGACCUCCAAAGUGUAAUGGAUCCACCGACAGCAGAGGAAUCACUUGGCAGCAGUGCAGAAAGCAGAUGCAAGUGGGAGGGACAGCAGGACGUGGAGAGAUGCCUGUGAGAGCACGUCUUCAGAGAGGAGUGCAUGCCUGGAGGCUUCACAGGACUCUGGCUGGUCGUACAGAGAAAGAGAGCAUAGUGGCACUCAAAAGAGAGAUGAGGAGGGAAUGAGGAAGGGGGGUAGGCGGUUGGAAGAAAAACAGCAGGAUGCUUGUCUUGCUGCUCUCCGAGGCCAUCACCAAGUGCAGCUGGACACCAGAGGAGAUGUAUCCUCAUUCAGUUCUCUCACACAGUAUAAACAAACUGGAGACUCUGAGCCAGCCAAACGCAGAGUCAAGUGUAUACAAAAACAUGUAUCAUACAAAGAACACAUCCAUCAAAUCAUGUACAGGACAUAUUUCAGCAAACAACUGUCCCUGGAAGCCAGGCUCAGGGUUCAGCGCACAGCUGACCUAUUAAAGGAGGGCGCUGUCAUAAUAGAGCCCGAUAGUGAGGCCCAGGAAUAGCUUAAAGGAAAACACUUAUCUAAUUCAUGUGUCCCACAGCGGCCUUCAUUCAUGAAGAGGAACAACUGUGCUCCGAAGCUUGAAACCAGAGAUCCAAGAAUGAAGUAAUGAAAUCUGCUGCUUUGACAGGGGAUUGAAAUUGAUUAGGUGAUGUCUAAAAUGUACCAUUUACACACCUGAAAUAACAUCUAUCUAUCUAUCUAUUUAUCUAUCUACCUAUCUAUCUAUCUAUCUAUCUAUCUAUCUAUCUAUCUAUCUAUCUAUCUAUCUAUCUAUAUCUUCAUCUAUUCACCAAUCAAACAGACAACUUUCAGCACCAAAUUUAGUUGAGGAAAGGGGUUUUUAACUUUUAAGAGACAGCUCAGUUCAGACAACUUUAUUAAUCCCAAGGGGGGCAACUUGGUUUGGCAGUCAACUCAUACUAUACAUACAAUACAUUUACAGCAACACUGGACAGGUGCAUGUUAGAGACAACAAGUGAAUAAUCAGUAUUUGACAAAAAUGAUUUAGCCUUCUGCACUUAAAUGGCCACUUCAAGUUAUAUGACUAGACUGGCAAGAACUGAAAACAGUAAGCAGUUAAAUAACAUGAAUUAGAUACGGCACACUGAGAUGCAUUGCACAUUGUAUAUUAAAUCUACCUUCUACCUUCUAUCUUAAAUCCAUCUUCUUGGAAUGUAAGUAGGGCAAGAAUUUUAGCCCCCCACUCUUGCAGGGCUUACACUCCUUUUGGCUUUUUCCUACGAGAGAGAGAGAGUAGAGAGGCCACAUUUGAAAUAUGAGAUUUAUUUAUUUAUUUUUAAAUGGGACAAUAUACAUUAACUGACCUUCACGUGUGAAUACAUGAGAUUAUAGCCGGGUGGCUAAUUUCCAUCCCCUGUCCCAUUAGCAGGUUGGUGUCAACACAUAAAACAAAAACGAACAUCAGGCUUAUUUGACAUAUUAGACACAGUUAUGAUCACAGAUCUGUUUUUUCCAUCAGCCAUGCUUUAAGGUGUUUUGAAAAGGAGGUCAGAGUUGGAGUUUGGUAUUUGGUUCCUGGUCUGGGACAUGCAAAAUGAUAACACUGCUUGACCAGAGGCACUUACUCAAAAUGGUAUAACUCAGUCACCUCUGAGGCCUGCUGUGGUUGAUCUACCAGAGUUUCUUUUUACAGACUCUUAAAGUGGUGGUGGAGUCUGAUCAUGUAAGAUUUUAUUGACGAGUACAGAUUCAGUAUAUUUUAUUGUGUAGUCCUAGUUUAGACGCUCAUGCUUUUCCAAAACCAGGCAGUGGUGGUAUGAUUUCAGGGUUGAUUUACAGGCAGUUGCCCAGCUGGUUAAGGAGUAAGACGUGUGACAUAAUCAUUGCAUCAAAGUAUAACUUGGCCGACUCUGGAGUUUAGUUUUCUCAAACAAUCUAAAGUUGGGGAAGUUCUUUUUACCCUGUGCAAAAAUGUUUGGAUCAGUGUUGUUGUCCGCUCUUUUUGAGAAGUACAUACAAACAGAUGUUGAGAUGCAACUAAGAGCUCUCAAGACAGUGAUACACAUUAGUCAUGGCCUAAGUCUAUUCCUGGGCAGCUUGCUCACUGUGUUUUGCAUGCACAUACAAAACAGCAUCAACUACGAUUGACAGAUUACAUUUGAAGGGCAACAACUUGGAAGGUCAUUAAAGGUGGGGUAGGCAGGAUUUGAGGAAGUGCCAAUUUUGGGGUGAAAUCUUGAAUGUAGCCCUACCCCUCCCAACCAGUUUUCCCUUCAGCUCCUCCUCUCCCCUCCCUCUCUGCUCCAGCAAGCCCUGCCCACAAACAGACACUCCUGCUCGCUCGUAUCGUUCCAAUUAAAUUCAGAUAUAAUGCAGAUAAAUACUUCAGAUAAUUACAAAUGGGGCCCAGUCAACGUGAAAGUAAAACACAUUAGUGCUACUGAAGAUGCCAACAGACUACCAGCAAACACAAUGUUUGCAGGACUUCUACAACUAGGAUAAAGUGACAAAGUCCAGGACCCGAGGUAAACAGUUUAGCGGUGCUACAACACGCUGCAGGUCCCAUUUGACAAGAAACACUUCUGUCACAGACACUUGGCUUACUUUGUUAAAGCGGUUUACCUGUCCAGCAGAAAGGUUACAGGGUCCGUAAGAUCCCAAAGCCUCCCCUAUAAUUUAAGUUGAUGUUGACCCGGCUUUUUAGCUCUUGUCCGGGCUACCUCCUUUUAAACACCCCUUAUUCCACCAGAAUCUCCGUUAUUUACUUUGUUUUCUUGCUUGUGUUUCCAUACUUUCUGGUUGGUUUCUACUGUCCGAUGUUGUAGCACGCUAACUUUGUUUGGGCUCGUGCAUGUUAAUCGAGGACCUCAUAACAGGAGGGAGCAGCGUCUGCCUCACAACCAAUCAGGUUGGAGAGGCAGAGAAUGGCUUUGUUAACAGUCAGAAUUAGCGGGCUGCUCAAAAAUUGUGAGAUGUGGAUCCCCAAUGUUGUAGCCAUGUGACACUCAUUUCAAGCCAUGCACCCUAUCACACUCCAUGACCUUAGAGGCUGUUGGAAGAAUGCUUAUAGGUCUGUAAUGACUAGCUAUAGUGGGAUUGCCUGAUUAAAGGAUUGGUGUGAUGGCUGAGUGUUUCCAAGAGUCUGGGAAAACUCCUUCCAUUUUAAAGGGACAUUGCAAUCUGUUCUCAAAUGAGUAACAGAAAGUGAUUUUGGACAUGUUUACAUGCUUUUAAAGUCCACAAUGUACCUUGAAGUAAUUUUCUUUCCGAGGACCAAAAAUUGGUCACAGCUUCUCUAUAGUUCUUCCUUUAAAUAGAAGUAUACUAUUGUAGUUAGAUUUGUAAUUUAAAAUCAUAUUCGGCCACAAGAAACUUCAGUGAACAAUUUUUUUUAUGAAACUUUAAACAUUCACGGUUAAAAAAUAAAACAGGAAUGAAGUUAGCCACAUUUAAUGUUUCCAGAUGCAUUCGAAAUUUAUUUACAAAGUUUUUAAUCAAUCAAUUUUGUUUGUAUCAUCCUGAUUCAUAAAAAAGUUUUACUCUUUGUUCUGUUUCUGUACACAGACUCAACAUCAAGUCAUGAGCAAAGCAUAUGCAGCCUUGGCAAGUAACAGUGGCAAAGCUAAGGCUAUGUAUAGGCUUAAAGUCCCAUUCCUUGUCUUUUUUUUUUUUUUUUUAAAUAUUUAAAUUGUUCUCAGUGGUCUUCAAAUUGUGAUUAUGAAGUUUUAUCCAAAAUCACAUUUUAAAGUUUUUGAUUUUAAAGUUGUUGCCAAAAUUACAUUACCUGUGUCUUUUUUAAGGGCUUUUCUUCUGCAGAGCUCCAGUAGCUCAUUAGCAAUUCACCUCUGAGUUGUGGGCGGAGACAGCGCUGCUCUGCACACUCCUCUUCAUGCUAGCUUGUAGCCUAAAUUGCUGGUGUAGUAGAAGUAGUAGGUAACAUAGGAGCUAUUCAGCUCUCAGACACCAAUGUCUUUAGGGACAUGAUGAAAGUUAAUAUAAUUUUUAGCUUUCUUACAAGCACUGCAAUCUGCUAAUGCACUCACCUGUUCCAUGAUCAUCCUCCCUAUUUCUCUUAGUCCGGCCAGCAUAGCGGGGUUCCGGGGGCGUAGCUUGCAGUUGUGACGCAGGAAAUAUCAUUGUGUCAAAGCCUCCCGUUUGGGUUUGCCAGAGAUUCACAGCGAUUUGAAUGCAGAAAUACUCAGGAAUGCAAUUUUGCACUUAGUUUUCUUAAGAUAUGUCCUUUAGCAUCAGAAAAAUUGCCACAUGAACAUGUAGACAACAAGAAAAACAUGAUUUUCAUCAGAGUUAGUCUAAGGCAAUGCAGAUGAUAAUGGUAAAAGUAUGUGAACCAUAUGCCGGGGCAGCAAAGUAAUGAUUGGUCCAAACCUGUGCCAGCCCUCACCAUUACAGGUAGAGAGGGUGCCUCCCCCCUUGACCAUGACUGGUGGAUGAUUGCAAAGGAGAGGGUCCUGAUAACUAAAGACUAAGUAAUGAACUGGGCCAAUCAUUGGCAGUUUGACAGAAUCUGCAUCAUAUGGGCAUCUGCCUUCAUGAGGCUGAUAUCACCAUGAUCUUUUUCAAAUGAAAAUGUUUUUCCCAUCCCCAAUGGCAGGAUAUAAAAUCUAAAACUGUCACUGGUCAUUGUAUGUGCUGACUCAGAUUAUUAGUUGUUGUUGAUUAUUUAUUGCACUGAAAUAUGCCUGACACUGUGGAAACCUGCCAGUGAUGCAUCAGUGACGUAUGCCGAUACGCCGCCGGUCUACCAAAAUACCACUAGACCAGCUGCGCUCCGCCUGCGCUGAAAGCUGACCAGGUUUGAAUCGGCGAGCUUUCAGCGCACUUUACACGCCGGCGGCGAGCAUGAAAGCGUCACUGCGCCAGCUGAUUCUGUCGACGCCUCCUCCUGCCAUGCCACCAUGCCCAGCUUGGCGGACCUCAGUGCGCCUCAGUCCACGAAAAUACCAAACUGGCUGUACGCCAGGCUCCGCCAGACAAAAACACCACUGUAUGGGGUCGGCCACCCUCCGCUGCAUCUCCGGUGGACACGAAAAUAGAGCCCAUACUGUUGUAACAUGGAGUUCUAUAAAACCAAUGUCAACGUCUGAUUGGUUAUCAUUUUUUUGUGCAUAGGUACUCUCCUGUUGGCAUUGCCUCUUUGAUUGCUGGAAAGAUUGCGGCCAUCGGAGACUUGGAGGUGGUUGCUCGGCAACUUGGCAUGUACAUGGUGACUGUCAUUGUAGGCCUGGUGAUACACGGCGGUUUGAUCCUACCGGCUAUAUUCUUCGCCACCACCAGAAAGAGCCCCCUCACCUUCUACUCUGGAAUCUUCCAAGCUUGGAUCACAGCUCUGGGCACUGCUAGCAGGUAAGACGGCCUCCAGGAAGUGUGUGUGUUUGUGUGUGAGUGUGUGUGUUAGCUCUCUGUCUGGGCAAGUGUUAACACAUGUGCGUCACAUGUUUUCGUUUACAACAUCUUUUCCUCGAGCAGCUGUGGAGUUGGGAUGAUUGAUUGACAUUGCCUGCUGCUGGCUUUCAGCUAUUAGGGUCGAGUCUGCAUGGUUGGAAAGGGGAAUUCUGUGUUUACACUAAUACAGAAUAAUCAGGACAGCAGAGCCAAAUGUGUGUAAGCACCAGCGAUCAUGGACAACUCCAUGUCAGACAGAUCCUGUGUUGUUAAUGUCUAAGCCUUCGGAUUAGCCGUCAGCAGCCAAACUGGCCCCGCUCUGUCCUGUUUGGCUCGGCUUGUCUUGUCCUGCCUGGGACCCUGCAUCAGUGCUGAAACCAACUGUCAUUUUGGCACAUUACUGAGGCUUUAGUGAAUGUGGGUAAUCCUAUCAACGUUUUCUCUAAUUAUAUUAUGACCUGAGCUUAGCAGGAGCUGGGAAUAAAAUUCCUUUAAUUCACAUGUCGGAGGAUUGCAACAGUGGCCGACACCAGCUGUUAGCGGGAAGCUGCCAACCGACUCAAAUUUCUUUUUUUUUUUUUACCCCUUCACCUCACUCUUCACCUCUGCACGUUUGUCUUUCAGCACCUGUCUACUUAUUUUAUGUCCUGCAGCUCAAACUUUCCUCCUGCUUUCUGUACAUCUGCAUUGUUUUUCCUCCAACUGAACAUCUUGUGUGGUCUUAUCUUUUUUUCCCAGUGCAGGGACAUUACCUGUCACCUUUCGCUGCCUGGAGGAAAAUCUGAAGAUUGAUAAACGUGUGACUCGCUUUGUGCUUCCCAUUGGUGCCACCAUUAAUAUGGAUGGCACUGCACUGUAUGAAGCUGUGGCAGCCAUCUUUAUCGCCCAGAUGAAUGACAUCACUCUGGACGGCGGACAGAUCAUCACUGUCAGGUAAGGCAUUAGGGUUAACCAAACAAUGACCCAAAGGGGAGUCAUCAAUCCUGUUAGCAUCUUCAUUCAGCUUUCUGAAACAACAGCUUGUGGUGUUCUGUUAGAUUCCACAUAUUGAACUGGAAUGGACUUGUUGCAGGCUUUUAUUUGUGGUAACUGCAUCCCAGGCACCCUAGUGUGUUACCAAAUUACAAACAAAAACUCAGCCACAACCAGUAUCAUGUGUGAGAUCUCUAUUGGUCUGUAAUCUUACCAGAAGAGUGUUUCACCUGGGCUCAGUGAGGAUAGUUAGGGAAUAAGGGAAUACAGGCUUUGUCAUGUUGGGCUGCAGUGUUACAUUUAGGGAUAGAUUCUGGACUCCGUGGCUGAUUCCUUGACUCCUUGAAUUUGUAGUAAUUGGGCUGGUAGUGUUUGCUACCAGACAGUCAAGAGAAGUCUAAUGUGUGUUUGAAUAUUCGAACAUUAAACCUUUGUUUCAUGGGCAGGAAAAACCUCAGACUCACCUCUUUGUUUCUGAGCCCAAAUCGACAUUUAGAGUCUGUGUUUGUUUCACAAAUUUCAUGCACUCACUGUUGCUACAUCAAGAAGUUUGUCUAGUGGCAGUUUAGCUCAUCUCAGUAGUGACCAAUAAGUCUGUUUUAAGUCACUUUGUGUUCUCAGAAUUUGCCUGACUUCAAGUAAAUUUGCAAAAUAUAAAAAUAUAUUGAUAGAAUUGGCAUUGCAGCAUUUUAACAGCUCUACGCCUGGAAAAUGUCCCCUUAAUAAAAGGAGCGUGGUUAGUUUCUUGUGUACAAACCUCUGUUGUUGAUUUUGGAGGUCUCACCCUUUUUUAAUUGGUAAGUGAUAGGAGAAGUAACAUAAACCUGCACAGCAGUGUCUCAAGUGGAACUAUUUUUCAACAUUAUGGGCUCUAUUUUCGUGCCUCACUGGAGACGUGCAGCAGACGCGGCGUAAGUCAGGUCCGCCGUGCCGACAAGGCGUUCCCAAGCACAAUUUGGUAUUUUGGUGAGCGGCGCAGCCCGGCGUAAGUAUCCCCCCUCCCUAACUCAGCUCCUCCCAGCGGCGUAAGUCGUAGCGAGGGAGGAGAGAGGGUGUGGAGUGGGUUUAACACAGCCGAGACCUGUUUUCACCAAUCACAUAAGCUCCUCUCCUUGCCUUUAAAUCCGCCACCGGCGAGGCGUAUUACUAUUUUCAUGAAGUAGUCAAAGAGAUCAAGAGAUGUCUGAAGACAGCUAUGCCACACGAUGGCGACAGAGGGCAGCUGCUCAACAAGUGUCCUCCACACUCUCUCAUCUGAGCACAGAUAGAUUUGGUGUGUGUAAUGUUGGACCCACUGGUAAGACAAACACCCUUUUCCACAAAUAAAGAUACUCACAUAAAGUUGCAUAUAUUCAAACCUUAUGUGACAAAGGUGGGUUGUGCGCACAGAUUACCACAUAAACUCCAAAAAUGGCAUUAAAAUCGGAACCACCUGUGCAUAAAGGACGCAUUGCGCUCCGUGGCCUGGCUCUUUCUUUCAUAGAUGUUGGCAUCUAAAAUAAAUUUGGCUCACAAAACUGAAUAUUAUAAUAUCCGUAUGUCGGCUUAAAGUAAAUAACUCAUCUGAUCACUGAAACAAAUCAUCUGUUCAGCCGCUGCAGCAGGACGGAGAGAGGACAUGGAGACGUGUCCAGGUCAAGCUGCGCGAGAAAUAAGAGAAGAGGAAGAAGAAAGGGAGGGAGACAAAUUAAAUAUCUUGUUAACUUCAUCAUGUGUGUCUAUUUACUAGAUAUUUAAUUUAAUUUAAUUUGAUGCGGUUUCAGCUGUGUUGAUUCGGUCAGGUUGUGUGUCCAAACGCGUGCCAAAUGCGCUCAUCAGAUCAGAUAUAGAUCAGAAUAUAUCGAUAUAGAUCUAAAUGUAUGUGCUGACUCAGAUUAUUAGUUGUUGAUGAUUAUUUAUUGCACUGAAAUGUGCCUGACACUGUGGAAACCUGCCUGUGAGGCAUCGGUGACGUAUGCAGAUACGCCACUGGUCUACUAAAAUACUACUAGACCAGGUUUGAAUCGGCGAGCUUUCAGCGCACUUUACACGCCACUGGCGAGCACGAAAAUGUCACUGCACCCACUGAUUCCCCCUGCCACGCCACCAUACCCAGCUUGGCGGAUCUCGGUUCGCCUCCGUGCGCCCCAGUUCACAAAAAUACCAAACUGGCUGUACGCCGGGCUCCGCCAGACGAAAAUACAACUGCGCGGGGUCCGCCAUCCUCUGUCGCCUCACCAGCGUACACGAACAUAGAGCCCUAAGUGUUGUGAUUGCAGCAACGAUGAUCCAACUGACACUGAGUGCCAACACCAUGAGCGGUGUUGUUGUGUUAAAAAGAGGAUGUUGCAGUAAAAAAGGCCAAAAGUGGACACACUACAUCAUAUUUUACCUUGAUUCUGGCAUUGAUCCAGCUGAGGUAAAAAUGUCCAUACGUAUGUGACAUGAGAAACUGUUAACAUGAAGUUGACAGCAUCCAGGUUUCUGAUCAUUUGUGUGCAACUGUGUCUUGAUUUUACAUCACUACACCUUUGACAAUGAUCUGGAGCCUUGACCAGGUUUUCAUGUGAUACAAAGUUCUGGUUUCCAGUCAAGCUUUCUACCAGUUACUGGCUUCUCACAACAACAACAAGGGCUUAUACAAGCCUCUGAAACUAUGGUACGAUCACAUGCAUCACAUUACAAAGAUACUUCAAAACCACAAUCAAUACCAGGCUGCAAACACGCUCAUGCCAAAAGUUUUCUUUUAGGCAUCCUCGACCACGGUGGACUCAACAGAAGAUCUUCAUGUGCACUUGAGACACCCAACCAGUUGAACCUGAAAUUUCACAUUGAAGAAAAUUACAUGUAUAACUUCUUUUAUACACUUCAAACACCAGCUGAGGGGAGGACACACUGACUUCAUCAGCAAAAACCUCUUUAUUCACUCCACUGAUCUUCUCUCUGUCGUACUGACUGUGUAGAUGUUUAAGCUCCAUGUCUGUCUCAUUACUGCUUUUCUUUUUAAUUCUUAUGUACCUUAGAACAGGAACAUAUUAUUAACUCAUGUUAACUGAAAUUUGACAUUGAAUUUGACAACAUAUUUCACCCUCAAUGUUACUUAAUCUCUGACUGUACAAAAGUAGAUAUUAUCUUGAUCAUAAAUAAAGGUAAUAUCAAGAACAUCCCAAUGUUAAUCACAAAAACAAAUCAAAUGGCAUUUAUUCAAAGGUCCAUUCUUUUCUUUUUUAUAGAUAAAUAGAUGGAUGACUGUCUUAAUCCCCAAGGGAAGUUGAAUUGUUAUAGCAGUCCAGGAAAAUGCAAUAAAAAUAAAUAAAAUACUGAAAAGACAAAAGAAUGAAGAACAAGAUUUUUUCAGUUUUUCACACAUUUUUCAGAGUUCAAUAGUCAGAAAAAAAGAAGGAAACAUUUAAGCUGCAGAUACGUGGCAUGCCCUGUAACCACUAAGCUACCGAGAUGCUCUUGUUUCCCAUUUCUGAGGUUUCAAAGAAACAUUCAUGUCUGAUUGGAUCCAGUCUUUUUGGAUUGGACUCUGCAUGUUGUGGCCGCUGGUCAUAAAUGACACUCAACUCUCUGAGGUUUUUUAUUGUGUUUCAUCAGCAGCAGACACGUCCCACGAAGUUCCCAAAUUUAAUUUUCUAAAGAACUGUUUGACUGUUGCAUAAUGGAAGAGGAAACUGCUCUUAAACACAGACCAUAUGUGUUGAGUUGGUCUGUUGAAAGCUUCUCACUCUCUGUGGGGUGGUAAUGAUCUUUAUGAAAAACACUUAAGAUGUGACACAAAACUCUAAAUUCAGAUUAACAAUAAACUUCAGUUUAGUUUAGAUCAUAUUCAAACUGAUCUGUAGUUACAACACAAACCAACAGACAAUUAUUGUUCCUGUCAUUUCAAACAUCUUAUAAACAGCUCCACUGUGCAUUCAAUAUUCACAUUUACUUUAAUGUCAGGAGUCAUUGAGGGAUUUUGUUACUUUAAACCUGUGCAAUAUUCAAAGCCAUGAAAAAAAGUGUUUGGAUCUUAGGCAAUAAAUAUAGUCCAGAUCGGAUUUCCCUCAAAGCAUCCAAACCAGUUUUAUUGUGCUGUGCUAUUAUUAGCUAAAGCCAAAUCAACAGGUUAGAAGAGAUUAAGUUAAAUUGAGUGUGUUUAAGAUGUUUGUGACACUUUUGUCUGAUGCAGGACAAAAAUGAAUGCUCUGCUGGCGUAUUGAUGAAGCAAGCUGUGCCACAUGGGUUCCAUUUAACCAUACAAAACAUUCAAAUCCACACUUUGGAGGCUGGCCCAAAAGAUCCUUCCCUUAAACUGUCAGAGCCAAUUUUGAAGAAGUGUUUUGAGACAAAAACUCCACCUUUUUAUUGUUAUGUUUCUUUCCAACCAUUGUCAACAAAGACUUUAACAUUUUCAUUGUCUGUAACUGCUUGCAGUUUGGUGGCGCCACAUUAGCACACAACAAAAAAAAACAAGCUGGUGGAUUCAUCCAUAGUUAGUGAGGAAACCUGCUCUUAACCAUUCAGAUUUAUGUGGAGUUGAAGCCAAGCUGUACUGGGGCCUCUGGAGCUCAGAAAAACUUUCAGUUAAUGAAUUGAAAAAGAGCCUUCCUCCACUGCUGGUGCUAACUGCACAGCCAACGCUUAUUUUCCUUGCAUCUUCCUUUCUGCUCUCAUCGCUGAGCCUCAAAAGCCUCUUAGCAUCACCUGCUUUUGUAGCUGUACUUACAGUAGGGCUGUACGAUAAAUCAAUUUUAAAUCGUAAUCAGAUUAUUUGAUUAUGACAAUGUUAUAAAAUCAAAAGGGUCAAAUCGAUUUUCCUCUCUAUCAUGUCGAGUGCCUCCAGGCCACAAUAGGCUCCCCCUUCCUGCGAGAGUGCUCCCCAGUUACCACACACCAGUGUAAACAAACAUGGCGUUUGCAAAAGAAGGCGAUAAUUUUGUGGCUAAAUAGCAAGAGCAAGUCAGUUGUGUGGCCAUGGUAUGACUUUGCAGUUUUGACGGAGAGCUAACCACUCCCUGCUGCAAAGUCUGUCUGAAGGCGGAACCAAUUCAAAGACAUGGAACGAAUUUAGGAGUAAUCGCAAAAGUUUUUUGUUGUAUCAGCAUUUCUGGUGACUUUAAAUGGUACUUUUUGAAAACAGGUCAGAGAGUGCACAAAUCCGUAAACAACUGCCAUCUCAUCUCCAUGUGGACGUCUAUCUGCAUCUCUCUUGAAACGAUAAUGUGACACACAGCGUAACUCUUUGAUGGCGCCUGCGCCUGUCCAGCCAAAAUAACCUUUAUACGCAUGCUCUGUACUCUUCUUCUGUCUUUUGUGCAUUUCCUAGACAGCGUCACAGUGCCACUUAUUGGCUUGGCAUAUGCACUACAUCAUUUUCUGUGGUUUUGUUUUGGGAGAUGAUAGAAAAACGUAUUAUUUUUAAAGUGACGUUUGGUGAAGUUGUCACUGAAUAAAAGACUGAAAUCAAAAAUCGUUUUCAGAGAAAAAAAUCGAGAUUUUAUUUUUGGACAAAAUUGUGCAGCCCAAACUCACAGUGCUUUAAAAAGUUUAACUUCUGCAACACUGGUACACUCACCGCUUACAAUUCUUCUUUAAGACCAAUCAAGAAGGGGCAGGAUUUCCGAUAUCAGCUUUGUCCACAAGGGUGGUGAAACACUAGGUUUCUCGGUUACUUUAGACUUGUUUUUUCAAGGGUAGCUUUUCCAGGUUUAGAGCAGCUGCUUAAUGCAUAUAUCCUGUUAGUCAAGGAAAUUUUAUGCGUAAUCAAGUGAUUGAAACUACUUAUAGAACGAACAGCAGCUCUGGACCUGAAAAUGAUACACUGGAAACAAGUCUAUGCAUGUGACAUAACCAUAAAAAGUUAUCCUUCUCUACCAUAAUGUAGAAAAUAUCUUGAGUCUGUUCUCUUUUGGAUUAUGGUUGGUUAAGGAUGAAGACUUUACUAGAACAACCAAGACAGUGUUUAAUAUUUUUAACUUAGAGUGCUGAGGAUGCAGCAACAUCAAACAAAUAAUGAGUGUGGAAAAAUGCCUCAAUGCAUUGAUUUUGAACAGAAAAUAGAGGCUACAAGCAUAAAAAGUGAACACAAGUCCUCAUAAUGUAUACUGAAUCUUGUUUCUGCUGCUGUCCACUCAUUAUCGCCCACAACAAGAUUCAACUGUUUCUCUGUUUCCUCCUAAGUAUGACUGCUACCCUGGCCAGUGUUGGAGCUGCUAGUAUUCCCAGUGCUGGACUGGUUACCAUGCUGCUCAUCCUGACUGCUGUUGGUCUGCCCACUCAGGACAUCAGUCUGCUCAUUGCUGUCGACUGGCUGCUGUGAGUCAGGUGUCUGAUAGGAGGAGAGUGUGUGAGAAUGAGGAGUCAGUGUGAUAGUUAAUUUUUAGCUCCUGGUGGCGCUGUUUCCUCGACUGACGCUGAUCAUGUUUGCCUCACCAGUGACAGAAUGCGUACCUCCAUCAAUGUGGUGGGUGACUCGUUCGGUGCCGGCAUCGUGGCCCACUUGUCAAAAGCAGAGCUUGCCGAACUCGACGCGGCUGAAAUGCAAAUGCUUCACCCAGAGGAGGAGCUUGGCUUCAUCCCUCCACCCCCCAUCCUCACAGAGAUGGACCUGGUGGACCCUCUCAAACCGCCCGAGCUGCCGCCUCGCUCCCCUCGCCCACCUAAACAAAACCACCACAGCCAUGUUCUCUCCCAGUCCCACUCCAUCACUUACUCACCUGCUCGUUCCAUCCGAUCUCCCUCUCCUCGCUCCAUACGUUCUCCUUCUCCACGUUCCGUCUGCUCCCACUCUCCCAGACCUUUCCGCACUCAUUCACCACGCCUCCUCCACAGGACAGAGCCGGGCUACUGCGCUUUGCCCAGCCAUGAGAACCAGGUAACUACCCGUGUGUGACUUUAGCUUUUCAUAAAACAGAGCACGUCUCUUUAUCAUGUACUGAUGCUGCUAAUAUGAUGCUUUUGAGGAUUCCUUUGAUGGUGAGAUUUAACUUGACAGUAGAUAGAGAGAUAGUCCAAUCAUCCACAAACUUUUUCAUUCAUCACUUUUUGCAGGUGUUGAACAAAACACUGUGUUCACCUUGAGACCUUCCUACUUGCCAAGCUAGUGCAUCAUAAAAGCAAUUCCAAAAUCAAACAUUAAAAAGAUUUUUGGUGACAAAAAAAACGUACUGAGUGUAUGAUUAAUGUUGUGAAGCAGUGGCUUGGUUUAGGAAACAACUCCUGCUGGUAAGGCUCGGUUUAUUAAUUGCUAAGGUGAUAGCUGAAGCCAGUUACUCCUACUUCUCUCGUGAAGAUGGAAUGGGGUUUAAUUUCCAUUUGAAGAUAGAUGGGGGGGAAAAGCCAAUUUCAUUCAUUAAAGACAUGAAAAGAUGUCAUUUACAGUUUCAAAAGUGAGAAUAUGUGUUUUUCCCUUAAAGCUGUGGUUCCUAAACUUUUCUGCAUAGAGUCAGCUAUUAGCCUGUAUGAAAGAAAUAUAGUGUAAGUGGUCUACAUGGGUUGAUGUUUUGGUCGUUGUCUUGUCAGAUUUCCACGAUCCCUCGCUCCUACAGAGAGAGAGAGAGGGAACGAGAGCGGCUGAGGCGAGAAAGUGAAACAGAGGAGGACGAAGAGAGAGAAAGAGUUUUGGAUGAAGUAAGCGAUGGCGAGGAAAGCGAUGACACUGCGUAUGAUCGGAGGCAUGCCAUCCCACCAGGUGACCUGCCAUGAUUGGAUUUACCAGCAAAAACCUUCCACACCAAUUAGUUUCUGUUUCACACGCAGCUCAAUUUUUCUGACAAAUCUCAGCAGAGGUCCAUGGUGGAUUUCUCACUGGUAACAUUUCAACUACUUCAAUGUCUUUGGGUUCAC